AUGCGUGUAAAGGUCGAAGAAGACUUAACUAAUUCAGAGGCCUUGACGUUGAUGCGUGUAAAGGUCGAAGAAGAUCUGGCAUCGGUGGGGACCAGCAGCACACAGCGACUGCAGAAGAUCAUCAAAGGUUUUCAGAGCACGCUCGCUCAUUGUGCUGUCUUGUCCGCUGAAAACCGGUGGCUGAUGGAGCAGAACAACGAGAAGACGGCACGAGCUUCGGUUCGCUCAACGGUUGUAGGUGGACCCAAAGUAAUGACAUACAAUGACAUUGUCGAACGACAAAAGUUUCGAGAGACCGUAGAAAGACGAAACUCUGGCGCAACAAAACGCCGGACCGGUGGUCGCAAACCUGCUGAGAGCAACGCCGCAGAGCAGGCAGGUUGA